AUGUCGAGGAAAGAACAUAUUACAGUAAUUUACAGUCAUACUAUUACCAGUGAAGCGGGGAACCUGAGUCCCCACACACGUGACCGCGUUCUUUUGGCUCUUAUCGCCGACGAGCCUGUGUGCGAAGCACAACAUACAGACGUCUCAGUCAUAUUAGACAUUAUGGGGCACCUGGUCACUCUGGCAACAUGCUCGCUGAACCAGUGGGCUCUCGACUUUGAGGGCAACGCGGAGCGUAUCAUUGAAAGCAUUAGGCAAGCUAAGGCUGCUGGUGCCACUUUGCGCGUUGGGCCGGAGCUCGAGAUUACCGGCUAUGGAGUCCUGGAUGGUUUCCUUGAGGGUGACACCUUCUUGCACUCGUGGGAAAUGCUUGCCCGCAUCAUCGACCAUCCCGAUUGCCAGGAUAUUGUGGUUGACGUGGGAUUGCCGGUUCGCCAUCGCAAUGUGCGCUACAACUGUCGUGUCAUUUUCUACAACCGGAAGAUUGUCCUGAUUAGGCCGAAGAUGUGGCUUGCCAAUGAUGGCAACUACCGUGAGCACCGACACUUUACGCCAUGGCAGCGUCCACAGGAGGUGGAAGACUACUAUCUGGAGUCAAUUGUUGGAAAGAUUACUGGCCAGUACAAAGUUCCAUUUGGUGAUGCCGUUAUUAGCACGAGAGACACAUGCCUGGGUCUUGAGACGUGUGAGGAGCUGUUUACCCCUAAUGGGCCUCAUGUUCCAUAUGGCCUAGCUGGUGUUGAGAUCAUCUCCAACUCUUCGGGCAGCCACCACGAACUGAAGAAGCUUGACACUCGGGUCAAUUUGAUCACCCAGGCUACCAAGCUGAGCGGUGGAAUAUAUCUUUAUGCCAAUCAGCAAGGCUGCGAUGGUGAUCGUCUGUACUACGACGGAUGCGCUAUGAUCGUCAUCAACGGUGAAAUCGUAGCCCAAGGUUCACAGUUCUCUCUGAACGAUGUGGAAGUCGUCACUGCAACGGUCGACAUCGAAGAAGUCCGCACCUAUCGAUGCAACGCAAGCCGUGGGCUGCAAGCGAGCAAGCAAUCGCCCUAUGUCCGCCUUGAUAUUGAUAUCAGACUCUCUCGCCGGGAUGAAGAUGCCGAGCCUAGCCUCGCGACAUCUCAGCCUAUCAAGCCGCGGUACCAUGCUCCCGAGGAGGAGAUCGCUCUGGGCCCUGCCUGCUGGCUAUGGGAUUACCUUCGGAGAUGUGGAGCCGCCGGUUUCUUUCUUCCUCUGAGCGGUGGUAUUGACAGCUGUGCCACAGCAACCAUUGUGCACUCCAUGUGUCGCGAAGUGCUCAAGGCAGUGCGAGAAGGGAAUGAGCAGGUCAUCAAGGAUGUUCGCCGGUUAUGUGCGAAGCCAGCAGAUUCGGAGUGGCUCCCUACCACCACCCAGGAAAUCUGCAAAUGUAUCUUCCAUACCAGCUACAUGGGCACACAAAACUCAGGCAAGGAGACACGAGACAGAGCGGCUCGGCUGGCCGCGGAUAUUGGAUCUUACCACAUUGACUUCAAUUUCGAUACUGUGGUCACUUCUAUCAUGAACCUCUUCACCGUUAUCACUAACUUCCAGCCUCGUUUCAAAGUGCACGGUGGAUCUUCCGCGGAGAAUGCCGCACUUCAGAAUGUGCAGGCUCGGCUCAGAAUGGUUCUCUCAUAUCUGUUUGCCUCGUUAUUGCCGGCUGUGCGUCAACGCCCUGGUGGUGGCGGCUUGCUCGUUCUCGCAUCAUCUAACGUUGAUGGCAAGUCUCUCAAACACGAACAUCGUACCUUGUUGAGCAUCUUCACUAACCGUUGUCACAGAAUGUACGAUGCCAGCUCCGCCGACCUCAACCCCAUCGGCUCGGUGAGCAAAGUCGACCUUAAGAAAUUCAUUUCCUGGUCCGGACACAGCUUCGACCUCCCGAUCCUCGAAGAAUUCAUUCACGCAACACCCACAGCCGAGCUUGAACCCAUCACGCACGACUACGUGCAAUCCGACGAAGCCGACAUGGGCGUUACGUACGCGCAGCUGGGUGUUUUCGGGUACUUGAGGAAGGUCGCCAAGCUAGGCCCGUACUCUAUGUACGAGAAGCUGCUCCACAUGUGGGGCAACGAGUACAGCCCGCGCGAGAUCUACGAGAAGACCCGCCAUUUCUUCUACUACUACUCUAUCAACAGACAUAAGAUGACUGUUCUCACGCCUAGCUACCAUGCGGAGCAGUACUCCCCCGAGGACAAUCGUCAUGAUCUGAGGCAGUUCCUUUACCCGCCGUUUACUUGGGCGUACAAGAAGAUGGAAGAUAACGUCAAGUACUGGGAAUCUAAGGGGUGGACUACUGGCAAGGGAGGGAAGAAGAGUGUCAAGGCUGAUUAG